CAUGUGUCAGCACACAAUGGAGCAGGAUUGUCAACAUUGGCUUAAUUUCUUCAUAUUUGUAGAUGAGUAGUUUAAUGUUAUGCUGUAACUACGUGAGCAGUUGGUGGUGAUGAGUCAGUCCUAAAUAAAGACUUUAACUUCAAUGACAGAUUAGAAGCUAGCCGGCGUCAUCUUUUCUCAGAACGGUACUGACCUGUCUGCCGUCCGUCCUCUGCACUAAUACACGUCUUUGUCUGAAAGAGCAGCGUAAUAGAAACCGUCCGGUGAGUGAGGCAAGAAGAUGUCUGAGGUUAAUGUAGCAAAGCGCAAGAAGUGUGAGAACUGCACAAAACAGUGCAACAAGAAGCAGAGCGAUGAUGAGGUCAAUUUAUUCCAGGACAGAGAUGAAGCUAAUGGACAGGUAAAUGGAGGAUCCCAGCAGCUGCUGAGUGCAUGUCUGUCCUGUGAUGGUUGUCUGUCAGAAGAGGAAAAUCUAAAGAUCUCCCAGCAGAGUUUGGAGGAGGUGGAGCGAGUCCUGGCUCUCAAUAAGAAGUGUGAUGUGUCAAAGCACAAGGUGCUGGUGGCGUCAGUGUGUCCACAGUCAUUGCCUUUCUUUGCGGUUAAGUUUGGACUGGACAUCAGUGAAGCAGCCUGCAAACUCUGCUGCUUCCUUAAGAGUCUUGGAGUACACUAUGUGUUCGACACGACUCUGGCAGCAGGUUUCAGCAUCUUAGAGAGUCAGAAGGAGUUUAUCCUGCGGUAUCACAGGAGAAACCACGAUUCCCAUGCCUUGCCCAUGUUCACGUCCUGCUGCCCUGGGUGGAUCCGCUAUUCGGAGCGUGUCCUGGGCAGCCUGGUCACGCCUCAUAUCUGCACAGCCAGGUCUCCACAGCAGAUCAUGGGCUGCUUGGUCAAAGACUACUUUUCUACACAGCAGAAGCUGAGCCCAGAGAAGCUUUACCAUUUAGUUGUGGCUCCAUGCUUUGAUAAGAAGUUGGAGGCCGUCAGAGAGGAGUUUUACAACAGUCUGCUGGAGACCCGGGAUGUGGACUGUGUCCUCACUUCAGGGGAGAUCUAUUACCUGAUGGAGCGGAGGAAGAUAAUAGUGGAAGAGCUGGACUUAGUCCCACUGGACCAUGUGCUAGGAGAGACGGGAGAUUCUGUGCUGGUGAGACAUGAGGGCAGAGGCUCUGAAGGCUUCCUAGAACACAUUUUCAAACAUGCCGCCAAGGAGCUUUUUGGUUUGGAUGUCCAUGAGAUCACAUAUAAAACCCUCAGAAACCGGGAUUUCCAGGAGGUGACUUUGGAGCGGGAUGGGGAGACACUCCUGCAGUUUGCUGCUGUGUAUGGUUUCAGGAACAUCCAGACUCUGGUUCAUCGUAUGAGGAAAGGCCAUGUACCGUACCAGCUGGUGGAGGUGCUGUCCUGCCCUGGAGGAUGUUUAAGUGGCCGUGGACAGGCAGAGAGUGAGAAAGAACACCGUGUGGAUAAAGCCCUGGUCCAGCAAAUGGAGGAAGCCUACAGCAGCUUGCCGGUCCGUCUACCUGAAGUCAACCCUGUUUUGCAUACACUAUACCAAGACUGGGUAGAGGGCCAGGACUCAUCACAUGUCAGCUCCCUCCUGCACACUCAGUACAGAAACCAGAGUCAGAGCCACUCACAGCCUAUAUACAUGCAGUGGUAAAGAAGAUAGACUGGAAUAGAAAUAAAGCAUGGGCUGGUUCUGACUCCCUCUGUACCAUGCAGUUGAGGGACCAUACCAAAGACUAGCAAGUUAAGUUGAGAAAGUUGCAUUCUUUCAUUUUGGCCACAUGGGGGUGAUGUCAGUAAAGAAACAGACAGAUCACCUGUACCAAACCUGAGCCUGAAGAGAAAUAAUCUUCUGAAGCAGUGAUGUAAGGUGGACUUGCACACUAUCCUGAGGCAUGAGCAAGACUGUAGCACAUGUGAACCUAUUUAUGCCAAAACAAACAGCAAUAAGCCAUUGAGAAAACAUUUAAGCUCAUACACUGAGCCUAUGGAUACUGACAAGUCUAUCUGAGGUCUCAUUUUAUAUUCAACGUCACACAUGCUGUUUUAGUCUGCAUUAAAGGGGACAUGUGGUACUCAUUUAAACAUCUUAAUGUUCAUUUCCUACAUCCACAGAAUGUGUAUUUUUAAGCUUCAGCUCAAUACCACACAUGAUGUUCAUUGUACUGUGUCUGUAUACUCUUGGUUUUGAGUCCUGUUCCAUACAGACUGAUUGUGGUUGCUUUUACAUCUACCUCAUUUGGUCUGGACUUUGUUCAGUUUAAUCAGAACCACAUUUGCAGAUUAAGACAUAGUAGCAAGUCUUUGAUCCAGCAAAAAGAGGCUAUGAAUCAAACUUAACCUUUCAAGUUUUUUGGGAUGGGUCAGACUUUUGGACCAGUUUCAGGAACUUACGUCAAGCUGUCCUGGUCAGUAAACAAUAGAUGUGCAAGAAUUAAAAAUAGGAUCAAUGGUCUUGUUUUUCACUGGUAUGUUCCAUCAAGUAUCAAUAACAAGGUGAAUUUUCAAGGCUGUAAGUUUCUAGCGCUAUAUUAGACCAGAGUCCUGUGGUAUUGAUGCAGGGGAUCAAUCUGCCAAUAGAAGCAGGUGGUACUGUCACUGGAAGAUAACUCAACAAAUUGAAUGAAAGUCUGUAUAUGACUUCCUAUCAGUGCUAAAUAGUAACCGUAUUGAUAUAUCUAAGCAUUGCCAUGUUAUAAGUCAUCAAAAUAUGGACCAUUUUAAGUAAAGGCAAAUUUUUAAUAUUUGCCUUUUGAUUGUCAAAAAUGAAACAAUCAAAAUUUAUCAAAACUGUGAGCAGACUUUGUAGACAUUGUCCCAAGGAAGCUAUAUAAAGAGAUUGAAAUUAAUCAGACCAGUAAUUCUGGAGAAAUAGAUGUUUCAAGAAAUUGCUAAUGAAGACAAAAACAACAAAGAUGAUACCAGACACAGUGCCUUCACAAUAGCUUAUGGCCUAUAUGCUGGUGAGCUAAAAAUGAGCAGAAUCAACAGCAUGGUGAUGUCCAUAUAGUGUUUGUAAAGGGGGAUGCAACACACAUAGGUGUUGUUGAGAGGAUGUGACAGUCCAUCAUGCAAAGUUAUUUAGUCCACUCCCAAAGUUACAGUAUUAAAGCACAAUGAACCAGACCAAAUGAAUACAUUGUUGCAAAAAAAAAAUUGAUUUGGCCUCUUUGUGUUUGUUGCAUUAAAUGUAAACAAUCUGCUGGUUUCCAUAUAACUUUCCUGUUGGUGCCAUGUACACCAUCAUGUAGACAUCAUUUAACAGAUCUGGUCAGUCUGAAUGAAGGCUGACUAUGUAGAUGAUACAUAAUGAAUAUUCAGAACUCCAAAGGUCUCUUUUCAGGCCUCACUAUGUAAAAUGUGACGGUAUUACUAUGUUGAUUGAGUGUUUUGAUAAUUCAGCAUUAUUUUAGGGUCAUUAUGUUUUCAUGAUGAAAAAGACAUGUAUGUGUUUGGAACCAACACCCACCUUUGCUGCCUGAAGUGUGUCAGUCACUACACAUCCUUCCCUGGUUCAUGUAGCCCUUUGCACAUGGCCAAACAGGACAUUAACCUCGACAGCCAAGGCUGUCAAGGUUGUCAAUGUCUCUGUUGGAGAUGUUGGACAGUUGAAUUAUGUUUUUGUCAUGAUACUACUGACUACAUUCACAGCAGAUGAGCUGUUAUUUAGGUUAUUUGUCACAGCUCCAGUGUCCAGCUGUAUUAUCCCUGGUCAUGUUGGGAUGUUUAGAGAUCACAUGUGAAUCUUUGUUGAAAUGCUCAUGUGGAAACAGGUCCUUCUCGUUUUAAAACACUGUGGAUGUAGCCUCUGAUUCCUAUGCAACAGCAUCUUUUCACCAGUCAGUCUCAUGCUGCUGCACAGUUCAAAUAACACUGUUGAGUUUGUCUUUACCGCCCAAGUGAGUAAAGACUUUGUUUUUAAAAUGAUAUAAAUCAUUUCUUUCGUUUCCUUCCACAAAAAAAGUUUUAAUUUUGUUUUACAUGUCUUCCAUGUUGAGCAGUAAAAGAUCCUGAAAGAGAGGUAAAUGAUGUUUUAUUUCAA